AUGACGCUUGCUGAAAUGUACUCUUUCUCGACCAGUAAAUCCGGCGGAAGUGCGAACGGUAGCGGUAGUUCGCUAGUGUCGUCGGCGACUACGUCUUCCGGUGGAUCUUCGACGGUGUCGACUUCAUCGGUUGCUGCGGAAGUGACGGUUAGCUCUACGUCCGUUUCGAUUGGGUCCACUAUUCAAUCGAUGGUUGUUUCGGUGGCCGCUGCCUCGCCGGAGUUGGUUGCUGGUGUAGCGGAACGUACGAUAGCCGGCGGUGUACCAGCGGUAUCGAGUGCUACGGUGUCGUCAACGACGCUGACGAGCUCUACUGCUGUGGCCAUUUUACAGCAAACGGCACCUAGCGUUGCCGUACUGGUGUCACCCCGUUCGGACCAACUCGUGCCGAAGUUGAUCGGGGGCCCAUCGCCGAACAGCAGCAGCAGCGUUUGCAGCAACGGUAGCAGUACUAGUAGUAGCAUGUUUCCGGAAGUUUUUAAGCUGGACGAUAUGCUGGAUUUGGAGAACGUGGGCAAUAGUUCGCUGAGCGAGAAUGGGAGCUCUGGUGGCGAUUUUCAACUGGAUAACAGUUCGCUUUCCGAUUUGAUGGAACAGGACUGUACCCUUUGCAAAAACAAAUACACUUCGCCUCGUGUGCUGUCCUGUUUGCAUGUGUUUUGCGAGAGCUGUCUGGAUAAGCUGUUGGUCGAUGGUUCCGGUGAUAAGAACCUUGAAGACGGUAAUGGUAGUACGAUCGUUUGCACCAUUUGCAAACAAUCUACUUCGAUCGGUCCGAAGGGUGCAGCUGGCCUUCAUCAGGAUUACAUUUUGAGCAACGUGCUUGAUUUGUCCACAAUCGAACCAGCACUUCUAGCGUGCACCUCGUGCAAGAGCAAGGAAAUGGCCAUAUCGCGCUGCAAUGACUGUGCCAACUUUUUGUGCGACAGUUGCGAGUAUGCGCAUCAACAUAUGCGCUGCUUCGAGGAUCAUAAGGUAGUGCAGUUGGAGGAUUUGCGCAAGUCGUCCGAAAAGGUGGCCAUUCACAAGCCGCUCUACUGUCCGGUGCAUGCGACGGAAAACUUGAAGUAUUACUGCUUCAAUUGUUCAACGCCGGUAUGCAACGAAUGUUUGAUCGGUGAGCACAAAGGCAACGAUCAUACCUACCAUAUCAUCAGCGAGGCCGAGAAGCCGAUGCGCCAGGAACUGGAGUGCUCGAUGCGGGAGGCAAAGUCCAAAAUCGAAUGCUGCAAUCAAGCGACUGCUAAGCUGGAAUCGUCACUGCACGAGUUACAGAGCCAGUACGAGACAGCACGCGGACUUAUUAAUGAGUCAUUCCAGAGCUUUAAGGCGGUGCUGGAGCAGUGCAGGGAAGAUUCGCUGAAGAAUUUGGAAAAGCUGCAUUCCGAGCGGGAACUGAAGAUCAUGGAUCUUUACGAUAAUGUUGCGAAGUCGGUGGAGAAAAUCGAAGUCGCCACUAAGUACGCCCGAAAGGUGCUGGAUCAGGCCAAUGGGCCAGAACUGUUGAGCCUGAAAAGCAUGAUAUGUGCCCAACUGAGCCAAGUAAUGGGUACUGCUCCAAAGGGUGACGUGAAAUUCUCGAUUGAGUUUCAAAGCAACUACGAAAAAUUCGAACAACUCGUACCGGAGCUUUUUGGGAAAUUCCGCACCGAAUCUUGCUUAUCGGGGAAUUUGAACGAAACUACACCAUCUCCUACGCUCCCCGGCGUGCCAAUAAUGGUUUCCGAGGCGCACCACCAACCUGGGAAUGGAAAUUGUGGACUUAGCCAGGGUCCACUAACUGCAUCGGUAACUGCCAGCAGUCCAAUCUCACUACCAACCUCAAUGCAAUCGUCAUUCGACGGUGACAUCUCGACGCUUGGCACUGCUUACAUUCUGCCGAACGUGCUGACUCCGGAACCGGCGACCGGAGCGGGAACGAUUUCCGGCGCUUCUAAUCCACUCAGUGGUGGCACACCAUCACCGGGUGUCGUGGUUGGAGCGGGACCUCCAACACUUCCCGGCCUGUCCAGCAUUGCCGAGUAUAAUCUUCAUCGUUUGGCAAAUUUGGCUGGUGAAUCCUCCGCGAACGACAUGACCGAUUCAAUUGUACCUGUGGUUAACAGCAAUCCGGCGACGGUAUCGACCGCUGGUGCAACGCCGAAUUUUACAUUGGCUGACUUGAUAUCUGGCAACCAGCACGCCAUACAGGCGCUGGCCAAGUAUUCUUCCAUGGGCGGUCAAGAUAUGGGCAAUGGUGCGAUGCUAACGCCCCAUCCGAGCCUGGACAAUGUGCCGAUGAUGAAUGAUUUCCCGGGUGUGCUGCCGGGCUCGACAUCUCCUAUCCUGCCCGUUCCACCGAACAUGCCGACUAUCGAUGGUCCCGGGAUGAAUGGUGCUGGUAGCGAUAUGGCUAUGAGCCGCUUCCAGCCGUCGAUGUGUGUGAAUGGGCGUACCAAGGCCACGCCGAUGCAGAUUCGUACGAAAUUUGGUUCACUCGGGCAAACGAAGGGUCAGUUCAACUCGCCGCACGGCUUCUGUUUGGGCGUGGACGAGGAAAUCGUUGUGGCCGAUACGAACAAUCAUCGCAUCGAGAUAUUCGAAAAGAACGGAACUUUCAAGUUUUCGUUCGGCGUACCGGGCAAGGAGGAGGGUCAACUGUUUUACCCGCGCAAGGUGGCAGUCAUGCGCACCAGUGCCAAGUUUGUGGUGUGUGAUAGGGGCAACGAGCGUUCGAGGAUGCAAAUAUUUUCCAAAAACGGCCAUUUCAUCAAGAAGAUCGCCAUCAGAUACAUCGAUAUUGUUGCCGGAUUGGCCGUUACAAACAAGGGGUUGAUUGUGGCAGUGGACAGCGUUUCGCCGACCGUGUUUAUCAUAUGCGAAGACGGCAAUCUGAUACACUGGUUCGAUUGUAGCGACUUUAUGCGUGAACCAUCGGAUAUAGCUAUCAACGGAACGGAUUUCUUCGUGUGCGAUUUCAAGGGUCACUGCGUGGCAGUAUUUGCAGAAGAUGGUACGUUUAAGUAUCGUAUCGGCAGUGAGAAGAUAACCUGCUUCCCAAACGGUAUCGAUAUAUCUGAUGCUGGAGAUGUACUAAUUGGCGAUUCGCACGGUAAUCGCUUCCACGUCGCUUGCUAUUCGAAGGAUGGACACUUACAGUCGGAGUUUGAGUGUCCUUAUGUGAAGGUAUCUCGCUGCUGUGGACUUAAAAUCACCUCCGAGGGAUAUGUGGUAACUUUAGCCAAAAAUAAUCAUCAUGUCCUUGUCCUGAAUACACUGUAUAUUCAGUGA